AUGAAGUUCGGCCGCACCAUCAAGACGUCGCUCUACGCCGAGUGGGCCGAUAAGUACCUGCAGUACUCUGAGCUCAAAAAGGAGAUCAAGAACCGUAUGGCCAAGAACAAUGGCGUCUGGACCGAUAAGGAUGAAGACGACUUUGUCGCCAUCCUCUCCAAGGAGCUCGACAAGGUCUACGAUUUCCAGAAAGUCAAGGUCUCGGAGAUUACCGAGCGAAUUAAGCAGGCUCAGGCCGAAGUCAACCUGCUCGUCUCCUCGCGUCCCAAUUCAUCCACCUCGCUCCCGUCUCGCGCCAGCUCCCGCCCCACCUCGCAUGCAGGCUCGGAUGCCGAAGGCGACGAAGACGCGCCUCGCAAGCGCAGGAGCGUCGGUCCCGACGGCAACGUCCUCUAUGCUGCUCACGAUGCUGGCUCCGAUGACGAGUUCGACACUGACACCGAAGACAGCGAUGCAUACGAAGAACGCUUCCUCGAACUUGAAGAGCGCCUUGCCAUCAUCAUCGCAGACGUGCACGAUUUGGCUCUCUUCACCAAGCUCAACUACACCGGAUUCCACAAGAUCGUCAAGAAGCACGACAAGCAGACCGGCCGUUUGUUGCGCAAGGAGUUUGUUCAGCACUACCUCUCAUCGCGUCCCUUUUACAAGGAGAACUACGACCAGCUCAUUGUCAAGCUCUCCAAACUCUUCGAUCUGGUCCGUACCCGCGGAAACCCCGUUAAGGGUGAUUCGAGUGCCGGUGGAAAUCAAUCCGCCUUCGUCCGUCAAACCACCAAGUACUGGGUCCACCCGGACAACAUUGUGCCGCUCAAGCUCAUCAUCCUCAAGCAUCUCCCUGUGCUAGUCUUCAACGCAGAAAAGGAGUUUCAGCAGGAGGACUCGGCCAUCACUUCGAUCUACUAUGACAACGAAGACCUCGAGCUCUACCUUGGCCGUCUCGAAAAGACCGAGGGUGCCGAGGCCAUCCGUCUGCGUUGGUACGGAGGCAUGGACAACAAGCAGAUCUUUGUUGAACGAAAGACGCAUCGCGAGGACUGGACCGGCGAAAAGUCGGUCAAGGCGCGCUUCCCCAUCAAGGAGGAGAAUGUCAACGCCUGGAUGAAAGGCGACUACACCAUGGACGAAACCUUCGAGGCGCUGCGCAAGAAGGGCAAGAAGUCGGACAAGGAGAUCGACUCGAUGCUCCAGCUCGCCAAUGAGGUGCAGUACUCGGUGCUCACGCGCAAGCUUCAACCAGUGAUGCGCAGUUUCUACAACCGUACUGCCUUCCAGCUUCCGGGCGAUGCGCGAGUCCGCAUCUCGCUCGACACCGAACUGUCGCUGGUGCGCGAGGACAACUGGGACGGUCGCCAGCGCGCAGGCAACAACUGGAGGCGCAUGGACAUCGGCAUCGACUACCCCUUCGACCAGCUCCCUGCCGAGGAUAUCGAGCGCUUCCCUUACGGUGUUUUGGAGGUUAAGCUGCAGACCCAGCUCGGCCAGGAGCCUCCUCAGUGGAUUCGCGAUCUGGUCUCGAGUCAUUUGGUGGAGGCUGUACCCAAGUUUUCCAAGUUCAUCCAUGGAUGUGCUACCUUGCUGCCCAACCGCGUCGACCUUGUUCCUUUCUGGCUGCCUCAGAUGGACAUUGACAUUCGCAAGCCGCCUUCGAACAACCUCGUCAUUGAGCGACCCAGCUCCAUGGCACCCAGUCCAGCCGGGUCGUCGCGGCCGGACACUCCUGCGUCGAGAAACGGACAGGCGCCCUACAACGAGCCUGUCUCCGAGGACGAGUUUGAAGGUGCCGACGACUUUGACCGUGGCCAUGCCAUGGCGGACGAGACGCACGAGGCCGACAAUGUUGGUCUCUCCGCCUUCGACCCGCGCAUCCGAGAAGCGAGGGAGGAGCGGGAGCGCAACAUCCGCUUGCGUCAGCAGGAGCUCGAGAAGCAGCUCGCAGAGAACCCGGACAAGACAUCGAAUACUGCCGGUGGCAUGCUCGCUGCGGCCUCGGCGCCGUUGGCGACGGCGGAUCGACGUUCGUCGCAGACCAAGACGAAAGCGGCCGCGCCAACACGCGACGAGAUCCUGGCGCCGUCGCAUCGGUACGAUGCCAACUUCUUCUCCAAGCUGACGCCCAAGAACAUUCAGCGGCUAUGGAAGACCAAGGGCUCAAGCCACGAGCAUGGUGAGGAUGGACAGACGGACGCUGAGGAGGCGGACGACGAGGACGAUCCGGUGCGCCGCGCUCUCGAGGGCCAGGACGAGGAGGUGCCGCGCGGACCCAACGUCGAGUAUGUGCGCACCUUCCACGCGCAACCGGGCAAAAAAGUCAGCGUGCCCAUCCGCAUCGAACCCAAAGUCUACUUUGCCAACGAACGCACCUUCCUCAAAUGGCUCGAAUUCAACGUGUAUCUCUCGGCCCUUGCUGUCGGGUUGCUCAACUUCAGCUCGCCGGGCGACAGGACUGGUCUCAUCGCCAGCUCGUUCUUCACCAUUGUCGCGCUCGUUGGCAUUGCCUACUCGGGCAUCAUCUUCGUGAUUCGCGCGCUCAAGAUCCGACAGCGCGAGAGCAGCAACAUCUACUUUGACGCGUAUGGUCCCACGAUCCUGUGUGCUGCGAUCCUGUCGGCCGUCGUGGUCAACUUUAUCCUCAGGUUCACCGAGUCGCAUGAGCACAGGAGUCGAAGGGGCUUGCUCAACUGA